CACCAGCACAUGCAAUUAUCAACGAAAUUUGUUUCUACAUACCCAUCUGCAUCGUUAGUAGCCCGGAGCGAGCAAGACUCAUUUGGAUCAAGCCAAGACACAUACCAACCAUCCCUUCCAGUAUAGCGCUCAAGAACCCACUCUCCCAAAAUGUCAGACCGCGACGCCAUCUCCUCCCGCAUCUCACCCUCGUGCCCUGCCGACACGCAGCGCGUGCUGACCGCGGCCUGGGCGCACGACGUCGCAGCCGUCAAGAAGCUCCUCGACACGCCCGGCAACGCGAGGCUGCAGGACCCCACGACGGGCGAGACGCCGCUGCACGCCGCCAUCCGGUCGUGCGGUGCGCCGUCGGAAGAAGAGGACGACGAUGACCCGGCCGACCUGGAGGCGGCCCGCCAGACGGUGCACGAGCUGCUGCUCUGGGGCGCGAUCUGGAAUGAUGUCGACGACCAUGACGAGACGCCCGGGUGCGUGGCCCACCGGCUGGGGAGGACAGACUUGUAUAACCUGUGUGUGGAGGCCGGGGUGAGGGCCGAGAUGCUCUUUGGGGUGCUGGAAGGGUAUGAGGAGCUCGGUAGCGGUGGGGAAGAGGAUGACGAUGUUGAAGUGGUGGAUAUGGAUGUGGCUGCGGAUGCGGAGCUGGUUGUGGCUGGGGAGGAUGGGGACGAAGCACCCGAGCUGGUUAACGUUGAGGCGAAUGGGCAGAAUGGGACGGUGGAAGAGGACGAGCAGGAGGAGGAGGCUGGGUUUCAACCACCACUGGACGAUACGGCCGCCGAGAUCGAUUCCGAAGCAUACCUACGAUCGAAGCUGACUUACUCGGACGGGAAGCUUGUAGACGAGGACGGCAACGGCGUCAUGAUGGCUUGGGAGACGGACAUUAUGCGCCAGAGCGUCGAUGCCUUGUUGCCAGACAGAGAACCGGGGAAGCGCAUACUCAACAUCGGCUUUGGCAUGGGCAUUAUCGACACCAUGUUUGCUGAGACGAAGCCUGCGCGGCACCAUAUUAUCGAAGCUCAUCCCGGUGUCUUGGAACACAUUUCUAGUCCGAGCUCCAAGUUUGGCUCCGACUGGGAGAAGAGUGGUCCGACCCCGGGGGCUUUCAAGGUCUACAAGGGAAGGUGGCAAGAAGUGUGCGCGGAGCUGCUCCAGGAAGGCCAAAUAUACGAUGCCAUUUACUUUGACACCUUCGGCGAGGACUAUUCCCAACUGCGGAUGUUCUUUACUGAGUUUAUCCCAGGCCUUCUGGACGGUCAAGGUAAAUUUGGCUUCUUCAACGGGCUCGGCGCGGACCGUCUGAUCUGCUACGAUGUCUACACCAAGGUGGCUGAGUUGCAUCUCGCCGACGCUGGGAUGGAUGUCGAGUGGAAGGUAACCGACGUCGACAUGUCACAGCUAGCUGAGGCCGGCAAGGGCGAAUGGGAAGGGGUGAAGAGGAGGUAUUGGACAUUGGACAAGUAUCGCCUGCCGAUCUGCACGUUCCUUGGUUGAAAGCUCCAGCUUUAGCCAAUGGUUGCUCUCGAUAUGAGCCGUUGGCAAGUUGCAUUCGCGGAACGCUACAUGAGUGCGGACAUUCGCAGGCCUCACUGCAUACGCUGGCACGCCUCACGCAACCCCGCGAUAGGAGCAUUCUCCCAAUUCGUCACGUACCACAGCGGAGCCUAGCCACGCAGACACGGGCCCAGCCUUACGGGGGCCUACAAACAGAACAGGCCUUCGUCCGAGGCAGCUCUCAGCAUGACUUCAAUAUCCGUUCUGCCGCCUCGACAGCCAAUCUGUGCUCCGGCUCUUCCCGUGCCUGUGAUACAAUGCGGUGAAUAUGUCGGGAAAGCAGUUGAGAGAAAGCCUAUUCCUGGCUGAAAACAU